AUGGGGCUUUGGGCGGGCGGUCACCAGCCCCUGGACGCCCCUGCUUGGGUGGACGUGGAGGCCGAGUCCUGCUGUAGCAGCUGCGUCAGGCCGCCGCGCACAGCAGUGAGCCGGGCCGGGCAGCAUGCGGAAGGACAAGCCGGGCUGCCCAGCAACUGGCCCCCGGCCACAGAGACACCUGAGGGCUGGCGCCCAGAUCUGCCCCGCGACCGCCAUUCGCCUCCCUGGGCUGCGCAUCCACCAACCCCGCGGGCGCCACCGAACUCAGCCGCAGGCGCCGACCCCGGCCGACCCCGCGCAGGGAGUGGGCUUAAGAACGAGCCCCGAAACCACGCACCCCGCAAACCCAGCACACUGGCCGUCACUGCGGAGGGAGGGCCCUGGUCACUGUGGAGGGAGGACCAUCUGUCACUGUGGAGGGAGGGCCCUGGUCACUGUGGAGGGAGGACCAUCUGUCACUGUGGAGGGAGGGCCCUGGUCACUGUGGAGGGAGGACCAUCUGUCACUGUGGAGGGAGGACCAUCUGUCACUGUGGAGGGAGGGCCCUGGUCACUGUGGAGGGAGGACCAUCUGUCACUGUGGAGGGAGGACCAUCUGUCACUGUGGAGGGAGGGCCCUGGUCACUGUGGAGGGAGGACCAUCUGUCACUGUGGAGGGAGGACCAUCUGUCACUGUGGAGGGAGGGCACUGGUCACUGUGGAGGGAGGGCCCUGGUCACUGUGGAGGGAGGACCAUCUGUCACUGUGGAGGGAGGACCAUCUGUCACUGUGGAGGGAGGGCCCUGGUCACUGUGGAGGGAGGGCCCUGGUCACUGUGGAGGGAGGACCAUCUGUCACUGUGGAGGGAGGACCAUCUGUCACUGUGGAGGGAGGACCCUGGUCACUGUGGAGAGAGGGCCCUGGUCACUGGAGGGAGGGCCCUGGUCACUGGAGGGAGGGCCCUGGUCACUUGGAGGGAGGGCCCUGGUCACUGGAGGGAGGGCCCUGGUCACUGGAGGGAGGGCCCUGGUCACUUGGAGGGAGGGCCCUGGUCACUGGAGGGAGGGCCCUGGUCACUGGAGGGAGGGCCCUGGUCACUUGGAGGGAGGGCCCUGGUCACUGGAGAGCUUUUUCCAGGCACCGAUUCCCCACAGUGCCCGUUGCUCAGAGCAGGCAGGGAACUCAGACAGCGUUGGCCACACUGAGGUGCCCAUGGUAGAUGGCACGGCUGGUGGGUACGCUUUGCCAAGGCCACAGAGAGGGUUCCUGGUGGCCUGUGGCUGGAUCUCCAUUUCCCAGCACCCCGUAGGUGAUCUUCGCUCAACGUCCCAAGGGCACCGUGUGUGGGGGUGGGUCCCAGGGAGAGGGGCAGGGAAGCUUAAGCUAUGUUGCAAACGCCAGCAGGGGCUGCUAAGAAAGCAAACGGAGCCCGAGUCAGAGCUGCUGGUGCUCAGGAAGGCUGUAGAGGAGCCUCAGGGGCCAGAAGAAGCCAGGAUGCACUGGGGGAAGAACACGCUGGGCAGAGGGUCGAGCAUGUGCAAAGGCCCUGCGGCGCAUGAAACUUGGGACAUUCUUGGUACAGAGAGAUGAGCUGUGGAGAGGUGAGCCAGGGACUAUGGUCAGGGCGCAAUGGGGCCAGAGUGAGGAGUUCGCAUUUUUGCAUAAAUGCACAUGAGCCCUACGCGCUGAGAAACCUGGUCCAAUAGAAAGCAGUCUCCUGUCCAUUUCCCCAGUCCCAGAACAAACUGAAGGCACCCCAGAAACUGGAGCCAAUGAGAGGAAACAGAACUACCCCAAGUGUUCCUCCAAUAAGGCUCCUUCCACCUGCAGGAGCAGAGAACUCAGGUUCCUCCCGACGGCACUGACCGGGAUGGUCAAGAUCCUCAUGUCUAAGGUUCCACCCCGGGGCAGAGAGUCCCACCAGGAGUGAGCUGACCCACGUCAGGGGCCGCUGGAGGGCCUUCCAGAUGUCCCUGAUACAGGACCUCCUUAAACUCUCCUGAAAACCCGGGCCCGCCCUCCCCGCACUCUCUGAGAGUCAAGGAAGCCCAGGGGCCUUGGGCGGGACCCGGCUACUCUGGGGUUCUCUGCAGCCCUUACCCCACCUGAGCCCUAGCGUUCCCAUUUGUGAGGCAGAACCUGCACCAGAGGGUCGUCUCCAUGGGCACCAGCUCUGUCUCCUGGGUCCCCAGCCAGGCUGCACGGGUGAUGAGGACCAGAGGGGAGGAUGGCUCAGAAAUCAGGGCUUCCCGGUCCUGGCCGCUGCUCUGGCUCCUCCAGGCCACCCUGGCGGGCCUCCACCGGCUCCCGUUGACACAGGCUCCCCGGCCUGUGCCUCCCCUGGCCCCCAUGACUCCCUGGCUCCUGCCUACCCCUGUGUGGGUGCUCCCUGGCCGUAGCCUGGUGGCUGGGGCCUUCUGCACGUACUUGCGACCAAGCUCUGCCUGAGAGGCGACUGUUAAAGCAAAGCAAGCCAACAAACAAAGAGCUCAGAUCAGCCGAACACCCAUCAUUCCAGCAGCUCGGGAGGCUGAGGCAGGAGGAUCGCAGCUCAAAGCCAGCCUCAGCAAUGGCGAGGCCCUAAGCAACUCAGUGAGACCCUGUCUCUAAAUAAAACAUAAAACCGGGCUGGGGGUGUGGCUCAGUGGUUGAGGGCCCCUGAGUCCAAUUCCUGAACCCCCCCACCACCACCAAAAAAAAAAAGCUCAGAUCAGGUUCAAAAUGUCAUUUCAAAUGUGCAGGAAGGGAGUCUGAAAAGAGAGAGAAGAGAGGAGGCUCUUGGGAAGGGAUUUCCGAGUCACGUGAGCAUCUGCAGCAGCUCCUUCCAGCGGAACUUCUGGCUAGCAUGGAAAUAACCCAUCCAUUUCUGUUCCAAGGACACAAUGCCACACAUUUGUAAGGCAGAAAGAGAGGGGGUUUGUUUGGGCCCACAGUUCAGGGCGCUAUGCCGGGCCAGGGCCUCCUUGCUGGCAGAGUCCCCAGGUGGUUCGGAGUAUGGGGUGGUGACAGACAGGAAGCACUUGGUCCUCUGACCUCCACCCCAUGGCCUUAUCCAGUCCUGACCUCCUCCCAAAGCCCAUCCCCCUCCCUCUCACCAGAGAUUGGGGACAGAGGGACCCGCCUUAUGUAAGCCCAGCAGAAAGAUGUCACCGCGUGUUCUGCGGGAUGGCCUCUGGCGCUGGCUACUGAGCUGAUUCUUACUUAAUCCCGAUCGGUUAGCAUUUAUCUCUGCUGUGAAUUAUUUAUUAACAUUAAAACUUUAUUCCUACCCAACAUGUAUUCCUUCGCCUCGGCCUCGCGGGGAGAAGGGAAGAUCUGGAAAGG